ACCUUUCUCGACUCCACAUUGGAACUACUUCACGUUCAACAUGAGCUCACAAUUCGAGCUUUCUACCCCCCCAACUGACGCCAUCUCGGCGGUCAAGUUCGCUCCUGGUGCUUCAAAUCGCAUGCUUGUCUCGUCAUGGGACAGGAACGUCUACUUAUACGAUACUUCCGUCAAGCCUGAUGGGCAACUGUUACGGAAGUAUGAGCAUCGGGCUCCUGUGCUUGACGUCUGCUGGGGCGCAGACGAGAACGAGGCGUUCAGCGCAGGACUUGACUGGGACGUGAGAAGAAUAAACCUCGAGACAGGCGAGCAAUCAGUGCUCAGUUCGCACGAAGCCGGCGUCAAGUCCGUCGUAUACAGCCGGGAAACCUCGACCGUUAUCUCCGCCUCAUGGGACUCGACGCUGCACGUCCACCACCCGACCAAGAUGCCGCAUGUGCCCGCUACAAUCAACCUGCCUAGCAAGCCAUUCUCGCUAUCUAUCACGCCGACGAAACUGGUCGUGGCUAUGGCAUCGCGUGCCCUUCACAUUUACGAUAUCCGCUCACUAGCGCUCCUCACCUCGCAGGCAUCCGAGGCCCCACCGAAUGUUGUUGAUCUCGAGCCCCUACAGCGCAGAGAGAGUUCAUUGAAAUUCAUGACUCGCGCUGUAGCGUGCAUGCCCAAGGACGACGGGUACGCCAGCAGCAGCAUCGAAGGCCGUAUUGCUGUUGAGUGGUUCGAUCCUAGCCCGGACUCCCAGGCCCGCAAAUACGCAUUCAAAUGCCACAGACAAGUUGCAGAGAAUGGGGUCGACGUUGUGUACCCCGUCAACGCACUUGCCUUCCAUCCUGUUCAUGGCACCUUUGCUUCCGGUGGCGGCGACGGCUUUGUCGCCCUGUGGGAUGGCGUUGCCAAGAGACGUAUCAGGCAGUACCAGCGGUACCCGUCGAGUAUCGCUGCUCUUGCCUUCUCCGAUGACGGCAAAUACCUCGCUGUGGCCGUCAGUCCUGGAUUUGAGGAUGGCAAGGAUGAUAUCUCAGAGGGAGUGGUCAAGGUCUUUGUGAGAGAACUUAGCGAGUCAGAAGCAAAGGCCAAAGGCGCCAAAUAAGAACUUAUUUUGGGAGGGAGUGGUCAAACGAUUUGAAAUAUUUUCAGUUUUUUUUUUCCCUUGUAGUACUAGCUUCGCUUUGGGGCCGAUGCUGGCGUUCGCCCUGUACGAUGGCGUUAGGAGAUAUUGAUGACCGUGUAGAAGAAUAAAAGAUCCAGU